AAUGUUUAAUCAAAUCGAUGAAAAUGAUGAAUAAAACAAUUUCUAAUCUGAUUCUGACAUUGAGUCUUAAAAUUAAAGUUUAUUUUUAUUGUCUAAAUAGAAAUAGAAAGAUUUAGGACAAGAGUAUAAGAUUAAGAAGAAGAAAUCUAAGAUCUUUGUUAAGAAGAAUUAAUGAUGGACUAAUAAGAAAUCUUACAAUAAAAAGAAUACUAAAUUGAAGAUUAGGACUCUAAUAAUUCGAAUGAUUAAGUUGAUUAAGCAGAGAAUUUAUCUAAUUAAGAUAUUAAUUGCUCAGAGCAAUAUUAAUAAAAAUAAGAGACAAUUCAUAAAUAUGUAUUAGAAUAAUUAUUUGAUAAGUCUAUUAUUAAUAAUCAAGAAUAAUUCAUAGAAGAAUAAAAUAGACAUAUUUAAGAUUAAAGUUUUUAAUAGCAAGAUGAGGUCACACCUUUAAAUGCUCAAACUAAGUAUUAGAAUUUAAAAGUAAAAUUUUACUCUCAUUUAUUUAGACUGAAGCAAUAAAUAUUUAGAUGGAUCAAAUUAAUUAGGAAUAUUAAGUUAGUGCUCAAGCUUAUUAUGAAGAGAAGUAAAAAUAAAUUAGGUUUUAAUAAAUGCAAUUAUAACUUAAAUUUGAUGAAUAUAAAUAUUUUUUAGAAGAGCUGAUGAAAAAUGAAUUUUUGUAUUUAAGUGAUUAGUAUGAAAAAUAAUAUGAAUCAACAAUAAGCCUUUUCGAAAAAAAAAAAUAAAUACUCUAAUAAAAAUUAAAUGAAGAGUUAGAGGCACAUUUAAAUAGUGAAAAGUUAAAAUUGGAAAAGAGAUUAGAAAGAGAUUUAGAAAAUUAUUAAGAUCAAAAAUAAAAAAUUAAUAAAAAUUAUUUAAUCCUUUUGUAAUAAAAACUUUUUUUUCUUCGUUUAAGAUUCAUGAAGAAGUUAAUCUCAGAAAAUAAUUAAAAUAUAGAUUCAAAUAACAAUAUGCAAAUUUAAAUUUCAGAAAGAACUAAAUAAUAAAAUCUCGAGUUUAAUUAAUACAGAAUAUAAAUAAUUUAAUCUAUCGAGGAAAAUAUUAGAUUAUUAUAUUAAGAAUAAUCUUUUAAACUUUCUGAAUAUUGCUCUAUUAUAAAAAGACAAUUCGAAUUAAAACGUCAACUUUUUAAAUAUUAAUAGAAAAUCUAAACCUUAAAAGAUUUAGAUUAAGAGACAUUAAUGGAAAAGAGUAUUUAAGAUAUAUUAACUAAUCAAUUAAUAAUUAGAAAAAAAUAUAAAGAAUAAUUAUUUGAAGAAGAAGUACGAAAUCUAGAAUUGCGAGAAUUAAAGUUUGCUUCUUGUGUAAAUCUGAAUAGAGAGGAUUAAGAAGUUAAGCAAAUAAAAAUUGAUAAUUUUAAGCAGUUCCUUGCUUAGAAGAAAAAAUUAAAUGAUAAAUUAUAAAAUGAUUUCGAAAAAUUCAAGAUUGAAUUGUAAAAUAAAUACCAAAGUAUGAAAAAUAAUUUAGUAUAAUUAUAAAUUGAAAAAUUUGAAAAGUAAAAAAGUUUACAUGAAAACAAUCGUCAAAAUCAGUUGAUAUUAGAAUAGUAUUAAGAUAUAAUUAAAACAUCCAAGUUUAUAGGAGAAAUUUUAGUGAAUUUAAAAAACUUAGAAACUCAGAAAUAAAGAAUAAAAAAAAAAUUGGAGGAUUUAUAAAUAAAAGUGAACAACAAUUAAUUAUAAAAUGCUUAAAGUCAAAUAUCAAUCUUAAAAUCAGAUAUUAAUAACUUAAAUGAUCAUAUAAGAUAUCUUAAACAAGAAGAUUAGUAAGCUUUAUUGGAUUUAGAUAUGUUACAAAAAUAAUUUUAUAUGAUGACAUCACAUAAUGAAUAUUAAUCUUAUGAAUAGCAAACAACUUCUUAUAUUUUAUUUGCGGUAUAAGAAUUGUAUAAAUUAAAUGAAGAUAAAACAAAAGUUAGUCGAGCAUUCGUUGUACCCAAGAAUUUUAAAUAAGAAUCAAAAACUUUUAAAAUUGAGAGAAAUUUUUAAAUUCCUAUUAAGGAUCAUUUUGAUGAAAUAAAUUUAAGAUAGAUGUAAAUUUUUAGUAUUAUGAAGUAAAAAAUGGAAAGCUUUCUUAUUGAACUAAAGAUUAAUAUGUUAAAGGGAAUUUGAAAUUUGUAAAGGAGAAACAGAAAAACUUGAAUUAAUGGAAAAUAAACUAAAAAAAGAUAUAAGCUAAAUUGACAAUGAAUUUUAAUAAAAAAAUGGCAAUAAAAAGGAAAAUGAGUUAAAAUCUGCUUUUCUUGAGAAAUUGGGACAAAUGCUAAAAUAUCAAUAAUCGCAAAUAGUUGUUCGAAAAUAGUGGGCAAAACAUUGGGAACAAAUUCUAAAUUAAAAAUAGAAAGCUUUAGAUAAAAUAAAUACAUAUAUUUCUAAGAAAAUCCCAAUUUAGACAGCACUUGAUGUACUAAAAAAGUUCUAUUCUUAAUAUAAAUUGAUAGAAUAAAAUAAUGAAGAUUGGCCAUAGCAUUUAUAGGUAAUCAUAAAAUUGAUCUUAGGUUGAAGAUUCAAGUAAAUACAAUUUUUAGUUUCCUAGUUAAUAUUCCUAUAUUUCUCAAAAAUAAGAUUUUGAUUUAUAAUAUAUUUUAUUAAUUUGA